AUGGAGCAGGUCUGUUUGAGAUUUUUUCUCGUCGAUUUUCGCUUUAAGAAUGCUUUUUUCUUCUACGUUUUAAUGUGUUCUUAAUAUUAAAAGAUGCUUCUAAGUGUACCGCUUUCUUUCUUUGUUGUUGGAAGCGCUAGGGGGUUGUGAGAUGGUUUUGUAGUGGGGUUGAAAUUUUGAAAUUGAUGAGUGACUUGUUUUGAAUAUUUUUGAACAUAGAGUCAAAAAGAGCGUAUAUUUUUGUGGUAGUGCGGUUGAGGAGUCUAUUUGAAUAGUUGAGAAAGUAUAAUAUUAACAAAAAUGGUUAAAAAUGAACUCAAAUUUUUAGUAAAAGUAUAUACCGAGAAACCAAUGACUAUAUAUAUACACGUCCUAGAAUACAAGAAAAUACGCCAGAGUACACACCAUCAAAUACACAAAUUUACUCUGUUACAGUAGACUGUAAAGCACGCUAACGUCCGACGUAAAACCCUACCUACCCUCCCACAGAUUGGAAAGUUUACAAAAUAUGCAGGCGAUCAACCCUGUUUUUUUCUGGGCUUAAGAGGUGUGCAAAUUUAUUGGUGUUUCUAUGACCAAAUAUUACCGAUGUGCAGGGGCAAAUGAAUCUGUCUAAUAGUAACUGUAUUAAGAAAUCCGGGGGGGGGUUAACUUCCAAUUUCCUCCAUGGUGGAGGUAUCAAUGUUUUCUGAAAUGACCCAAUCUGGGUCAUUUCAGAAAACAUCCAUACCUCCUCCAAAACUCUAGGUUUUACAAUUAAUCUUUCCAAAUGUGAAACAUUGAAAGAAUAAUGUCUGUUGGUGGAUUGCAAUCAAUUAGAAGAUGGUAAAACAGCGGCCAUGUUGGUGCCAAAUUCAAUGAAUGGUAGUGAGAUUCUUUUGUUGAACUCAGAACUACGACCAACAUGACAGCCGUAACAUAAAAUUGAAUUGACUUACAGACAUCCCCAGUAAUAGUGGAUACAUGUUCCCAAUUUGAUUUUUAAAUUUUGCUUUAAAAUGUCAUGUCCAGGGGCAUGCCAGAGACAAGAAUGGGAAACGCAAGUAUUUUUUUCGCCUUACCGUAGUUUCAUUUCUCAACAGACCGAGAGAGCUUAUCAAAAACAGCCUCCCAUAUUUCAAAACAAGAAGAGAGUAUUGUCUCUUGGUGAACCGGUCAAGAAGAAGGAACUUCGGUAUUACAAGAAUGUUGGUCUUGGCUUCAAAACACCUAAAGAGGUAGCGUUUAAAUCUUAGCUAGAUUAGGUCGGACAUUUCUUAAGAAAACUCUGGCCUUCUUAAGAAAACUUGUGGCGAAUUGAAUUUCUCAAUUUUAUAAAAUUGCCAAAUAUUUUUUCUGACUAACAGCAGUCUGGCAUUAUUUUCUCGUCUAGGCAAUUGAAGGGCACUACAUUGACAAAAAAUGCCCGUUCACUGGCAAUGUCAGUAUCCGAGGUCGUAUUUUGACGGGAAUCGUCGAGAAGAUGAAAAUGAAGCGAACGAUCGUGAUUCGUCGUGACUAUCUUCACUACAUCAAGAAAUACAACAGAUUUGAGAAGAGACAUAAAAAUUUGUCCGCCCACAUCUCACCUUGCUUCAGGUGAGAUAAAUUUGUUGUGUCAUACUUGUUUUGAAUGUAUCGUACUCAAUAUUUUAGAGUUUCAAAGGAGCUGGAUAGAAUUUUGCAUUUGAAAGUGCAUUUGAAAGUUGUAAGUUUUGUGAGAGAGCGUUGAACUAGUGCCGUGAUUUUGGCAAAGUGCAAUUUUGUUUCAAUAUUACCGAGGCCUAAAAAAAUACCUGUGGUCCGGUUCCUGACCGACCCUAUUCUUUUCUGCUGACCCUAUUAUUUUUUCAACACAAUUGACUGUGCGACCCUAUUUUUUCCGGGUGGUUGCGGGCUGCUAAUACAGCGUGCCAAAAUUACGUCUGUUGUCACACUAAUUAUUGAAGCAAAUUGCCUAAAUUCAUCCAUAGGAAAUACUCUUCUCUAGUUAAUAUUGAUGUUGGGACUCUACUGCAAAUUGCCCAGCAAAAAACCACCAAAACCAUGAAAAAAACAAUUUUUUAAAAAAUUUAUUUCCUACCUACCGACCCUAAUUUUUUCACGAUAUGAAACCGGAACCACAGGUAUUUUUUUUUACACCUCACUAACCGCGAACACUCAAGAAUUUACAAACAUUCCUUUUGGAAGUGUAUUUUCUCAGCUCUAAAUGUUUUUCAUGCUGUUGGUUUUGUUUGUAGGGAUGUGGCAAUUGGUGAUGUAGUGACAGUUGGUCAGUGUCGUCCUCUCAGCAAGACCGUCAGAUUCAACGUAUUGAAGGUGUCCAAGGGCAAGAAGUCCAAGAAAUCUUUUGAGAAAUUCUGA